CCUCUCGACCUUCCAUGUCGUCUCCACCAAGUCUCCGCUUCUGAGGAGCUACAGAAUUUGCCAAACCAACACGCACGGAAAGGGUCCAAGAGACACGGCAAUGGCACUCCACGUCCACGGCCACGGGAGGAGGCUCGCCGCGGCGGCGUGGGCAUGGCUCGCCGUGUCCAUGAUGGCGAGCCUGGCGUCGGCGCGGUUCAUCGUCGAGAAGAACAGCGUCAAGGUGCUGUCCCCGCGCUCGCUGCGCGGCCACCACGAGGCCGCGAUCGCCAACUACGGCGUCCCGGAGUACGGCGGCAGGCUGACCGGCGUGGUGCUGUACCCGGAGGACCCGAAGCUGGCCACGGGCUGCGGGCCGUUUGGCGACAAGAAGUUCAGGUCGCCGUCGGGCCGCCCCGUGGUCCUCCUCGUGGACCGCGGGGGCUGCUACUUCGCGCUCAAGACGUGGAACGCGCAGCUGGCCGGCGCGGCGGCCGUGCUGGUGGCCGACAGCGCCGACGAGCCACUGCUGACGAUGGACAGCCCCGAGGACGAGACCCCCGACAUGGCGUUCCUCGCUAACAUCACGGUCCCCUCGGCGCUGGUCACCAAGCGGUUCGGCGACGCCCUCCGCCGCGCCGCCUCCCCCUCCUCCGGCGGCAGCGGCGAGGAGGUGGUGGUGCGCCUCGACUGGCGCGAGUCGAUGCCGCACCCCGACGAGCGCGUGGAGUACGAGUUCUGGACCAACAGCAACGACGAGUGCGGGCCGCGGUGCGACGAGCAGGCGGCGUUCGUGCGCGCGUUCCGCGGCCACGCGCAGCUGCUGGAGAAAGGCGGGUACGCGCUCUUCACCCCGCACUACAUCACCUGGUUCUGCCCCGACGCGUUCCUGGACACGCCGCAGUGCAAGGCCCAGUGCAUCAACCGCGGCCGCUACUGCGUGCCGGACCCGGAGGGGGACCUCGCCGCCGGCUAUGACGGCAAGGACGUGGUGGUGGAGAACCUGCGCCAGCUCUGCGUCCACCGCGUCGCCAACGCGAGCAGCCGGCCAUGGGUCUGGUGGGACUACGUCGCCGACUACCACCUCCGCUGCUCCAUGAAGGAGAACAAGUACACCCGCCGCUGCGCCGAGGACGUCGUCCGAUCGCUCGGGUUGCCGAUGGACAUGAUCGACAAGUGCAUGGGGGAUCCCGACGCCGACGCCGAGAACGACGUGCUCAAGACGGAGCAGAUUGUUCAGGUCGGGCAUGGAACUCGAGGAGACGUGACGAUCUUGCCGACGCUGGUGAUCAACAACGUGCAGUAUCGAGGCAAAUUGGAGAGCACUGCGGUCCUCAAAGCGAUUUGUGCCGGGUUCAAGGAGACCACCGAGCCUCAUGUCUGCCUGACACCAGACAUGGAGACCGACGAGUGCCUCGACAACAACGGCGGCUGCUGGCGCGACGAGAAGACCAACAUCACGGCCUGCAAGGACACCUACAGAGGGAGGAUUUGCCAGUGCCCUGUGGUGGGUGGCGUUCAGUACCAAGGAGAUGGGUACACCGAAUGCAAAGCGGUCGGACCGGGCCGGUGCGCCAUGGGCAACGGCGGGUGCUGGACGGAGACGAGAAAUGGCAAGACUUUAUCUGCUUGCUCGGGUUCAGAUUUGAGCGGAUGCAAGUGCCCGCCAGGGUUCAAGGGCGACGGCUUCCAUUGCCAAGACGUCGACGAGUGCAGCGAGAAGCUGGCGUGCUCCUGCCCGCACUGCUCGUGCAAGAACAACUGGGGCGGAUUCGACUGUAAGUGCGGCGGCGGCCUGAUGUACAUCAAGAGUGAAGACACUUGCAUUGCCAAGAAUAUGUCGGCGUUCGGGUGGCUCGUCACCGCCCUGGUCGUGUCGUGCCUCGCCGGCGCCGGCGUCGCCGGAUACGUGUUCUACAAGUACAGGCUCAGGCGGUACAUGGACUCAGAGAUCAUGGCGAUCAUGGCGCAGUACAUGCCCCUGGACAGCCAGCACAACGAAAACCAGCCGCUCAGGACGCAAGAGACCCAGCAAGCGUAGCUAGGCAUGUGAGUUGCAGUUGCAGAAGUCGAUAUCAGCAAUGUGCCAAGGCACCCUAAACCCUACACCGAAGUUUUGAGAUUUGAAGAUGCGACUACACCAGUAGAUAAGCAUGCCCCUAUGUAAAUGGCAGGGAUUUACACAGAUCUUGCACAUUCUGCUAUUGUUUCAGUGUAGAGACAGGCGAGAUAGCAUGUGAUGGAUCUGUUCGGUGAUGUAUAAAAUUUGAGAAUUUGCCUGCAAGUACAAUUGUUUACUGGAGACCAACAGGCUGUGCAAAUAUGAUGGUGAUCCAUAUGAUAAGCUAGUAUGUCAGCAUGUGAAUGAUAGAUCAUCUAGUUUCAAAAUUGA